AUGCCCAGGUAUUCCAGACCAUUCAAGGAAGCUGGAGUAGGAAGGGAGUCAAAUUACUAUAAAAUAGAGCAAGAUGCGGGCGAAGAGGAGCAAAAUUAUGACAUACGACGAGGGUACGAUCAGGAUAACAGCGGUCCUAGGCGAAGGUACCCUGUGAAUGAUGAUCCGAAAGAGGAUGACAUAGAUUACUAUCCAAGACCCGAACCCGCCAGACACAAUACAACGCUUAGAUCAGACUACUACGGACAUACUGAGCCUAUAUUACGAAGACAGCCUGAGCCCACCAGACAAAAUGCAAGGCUUAGAUCAGAAUACUACAGACAUACUGAGCCUAUAUCACUGAGACAGCCUCGACAUUCAUAUCCAACGGUACCUAUCAACCCCUUUGCCCCGCAGAAUCGGUGGGCACGGUCUCCAAAGGUUGAAUAUGAAAGCAGAAAUAACUACUCAUAUGAAGAUCAUGAAGCGCUUCAGACGGGCUACACCGUUGCUGCUAAUAAUCCUUGGGACUACGAUGUUCCGGAAGGAAUUCAAAUACGUGACUCUGAGGAGGACGAGGAGGACGAUGCUAAUGAUAUUAGCGAGGCACUCCUUGAUAUUGGGAGCGAGCCUUUCACUGCUGACUCGGACAUCAGUGGCUCGAGACAGAGAGCAAGGCUUGAAGCAAAAGUAACUGGAAGUGGCAGUGGAACUAGCCAAUCAGUGUUCAUUUCCAAACAAGAACCAAACUUUCGGCCAACGGGGCAGAUGGCAUUGUAUAAUGUGGUAGCAUCAGGCUAUCAACGCUUAAAUGAUAUUGGCGAUUCCGUUGGCAACCUUGCGCACAUUGAGUACUUAGGAUCUUUGGAAAGCCCCCCGAGACGGGAAUCACGGGAUGGGUCAAAUUUUCGAUGGCUACAUCUGAAUCAGCAGCUUAUGGACUUUGACACAUUCUCUCGAGUUGCUCAAGAGAUGCCCGGCCUUCCUGAGGACGCACUCCUUACUCUACCGCACUUCUUGAAUCGGAUUCGCAAAGACUUUGAGACUAGCAUCCGCUCACAACACGGAGUUAUGGGGAACUUCAUGAAGCCUGCGUUCGUUAGCAAAAGAAGUCAGAGCACGACGUCAGAAAAUACACUUAACUCUGGGUUCAUUUUCUGUACUAUACCGUAUCACCAGCUUUCACCUUAUUCAAGCCUCGAGAAGCCUCCCAACCCAAGACUGCAUCCCACUAGAACUUUAUUGCAAUCCAAGUAUCCAUCCACAACAAUGCAACGGGAUCAACAGCAAGUUGUAAGCAACAUAAGUGGCACUCCCACUGGUCAUUGUUUUCACGUGCCAGUUUUAUGGUGUUUGAUAAUUGAUGAUAAGUUUGCAGUAACCUGUGCCCAUGGAAUGUCUGCUGAAGGAAUUACCGGAGAUGGCGUAACGUUGACCCAGAGUGUACCUCAAGCGCCCGAUACAUCAGCUUCCCUUAAAACUUUGCACAUAAUUCUUGAGAGUCGCCUUUACGUCGUGCCAAUCGAGCAGUGCGACACGUGGUUCAAAUUAACGCAGAACUUUUCGCAAUAUACCUCAAUUUUUGACGACCAGAUGCUUGUGCACUGGAAAGGCACCCGAAUUUCAUCAGACUUGUGGUCGGUAGUAAUACAGCAAGCGCAGAAGCAACUGGCUAGCGUCAAAAUCUUUCAAAGAAAACGCGCUAUCAAACAUCAAUUAGUAGAAGACUCGAAGAAUGAUGAUAUAUACAACGCCCCAACCGGACCAUAUCGAUGGCGGGAUGAUAGAGAUAUGGCUUCUGAGACUGGGCGAUUUCGAGACGUUGAAUCGGAAAAGAAGGUCGAUCGUGGUAAAGAUAAAACUGGCCCAGCAGGAACCUCUGGCGGUGAUCCCAAACCCUCCGUCGAUCAGUUGCAAGGCUCGGGAGAUAAAGACGGUGGCAUAUCGCAAUCGCCAACCCCUGAGGUCAGCUCUCAAACCGAUUCUUUAGCUGUUCGAGAUUUUCAAGUUUUGGUAUGGAUUGCGAUUCAUCGAGGGAAGGCGAAAGAAGUUGGGAAUAGCAUUACGGGCAAGGAUAAUGUGGGUCCAUCAACCACCACGACAACUGCAAAAAUACAGUCAAAUCGUGAGAUGGUACAGACGUAUUUGAACUCGAUCCAUCAGUGGCUACUAAAACAAAAAGACUUGAAGUCGAAGACUGCGUAUCUAUACGCACCACUGAAAUCUCUAGAUGAUGUUGAGAGAGCGCUACAAUCUAUGAUCGAAUCAAGAAUCGAAUCAUCAAAUAUCGAGUCUGCCAAAAGUCGACUUGUCGAAGCUGUCAAAUCAGUGUUCACCCUUUUUGUUUCUUUAGACCAGACGGGCCCGAUGUGCGCUAAGAUAUGGGGAGCGGUACAUGGCGCAAUUACUGCACCAGCCCCUUCGGCAACGUCGUGGCAGUUUCUUGACUUUGUGAAAACUUUUACCCAGAUAGCUAACCUUGCAAAAACAAUCGACUCGCAGCUAUCAGACGGGAAAGCUCCGUCACCAAAGGAGCUUCCAAUGCCCCCAGAUGCCUUGCGAGCUUGGCAUCAGUUCAUCAUGUCUUUGGUCUCCUUGAACGCACGAGGCGGUCCUGCACAGGCGGAUAAUCAUGCAAAGAGAUGCUUGAGUUUACUACGCAGAAUGCAUCUCGACAUUUUGAAGAACCCUAAAGCCAAGAAACUUGAAGAACUUGAAGCCGUACGCCCUACAAGCUUACUUGUGUUCAUCGUCGACCGAGUUCUAUCGGAUUUCACCGGCACGCAGCCAGAUCUGGUGGAUACUUAUUGGGAGUUCUUCGAUCUGAUGGAGAGCCAAGUCGAGAAAGAUCCACUGAGCCGUCGGAACCAGGCUAAAAUAACAGCAUCAAUUGCUGAGAUAAAAAUUGUUCUCGACACGUUGAAUCAGCAAAAUGUCAUAGUCCGUCAAUUUGAAAGCGAAUUGUUCAAAAGUGAACUUCCAUAUAUAAGAGGAAGAAAACACAUCCAGGGUCCAGAUCCGGCAGUGAUUAAUCUUCAAAAAGCCAUCACCACACUACAAGGAAAGAUCGCUUCAAUGGAAGAGCUUCUUGACAGUUCGAGAUAUUUGUUGGAAAGAAACAUGAACGCAAUCAGAGACAACAAAGACAGACAAGAAGCCGCCAUCUACGCUUUCACCAUCGUCACUAUCAUCUUCCUCCCCAUCUCAACGGUGGCCAGUGUUUUCGGCAUGAACACAAACGACAUCCGGAAUAUGGCACAAAAUCAGUGGUUGUUUUGGGCAGCCGCUCUGCCACUUACUACGAUCGUGAUUGUGGUGUCCUUGAUUGCUGCUGGGAUUAUUCCCUGGACGUUUGUACGAAAGGAUAGAGCAGCUUUGGCGACAGCGCAGGCUGAGGUUUCGGAGGUGAAGAUGGUUCGUCCAUUUAUAAGUACUAGGAAUACGGGCGGCGUGAGGAAUCGCUAUCCGUCACGGUACGUCGAUGAUUCUAUGGGAUGGUGA